AUGGUUCGGUUCUUUGUCGAUUUCUCGGCCUUGGACAACGUUGGCUGUCUUGAGGAGGCUGGAAAUCUAGAGAACCAAGUUGUUCAUUCUGAAACUGACAAACUCGAUAUUUCGGAUAACGCAGACGAUGAUUCGGAUAAUGAAGAAGACAGUCAGUCAGACUGUGAAGAUGACGACAGUUCGGACAGUGAAGAAGUAUCACCGCAUUUAGAUACAAGUCGAAAGUUCGAGGAAAUAAUCAUGAAGAAUGAAAAUGCCUUUUUAAGGCUUGAAAAAGAGAGGUUAGAGAAAGACCAGCUGAUAAAUGAAUUAGCACGGAAGGUAAAGGUGGCCCUAACUCAAGGAAGCAUGAAGAUGGGAAGAGUACAUAAGAGACCUCGAACUGUUGAACAAGAAAAGGACAACAACCAAAUCUAUUCAAUGUACGAAGAAAUGCAAAUAUUGAAAAGGAAAAUUAUAGAAAAGGCGAAGGUAACCGACUCGCAAAUGAAAGAGAGAGAAGAGAAGGACCAGAAGUUGAUCAUUUUGGAAAACACUGUCGUAGUUCUCGAGAUGGAGAAGGAGACGUUGCAUCGAGAUCUACAGCAAAGAGAAGACGGCAGGAUAGAAAUGCAAGUCAGGAUAACUAAGCUUAAUGAGGACUUGCAAAGCCUCCGCAAAGAGAACAGAAGAAAGAGACACCUUGAAAGUCUGAAGAGGGAGAGCGAGCAGAAGACCUCCAAGAUCAGCUACUUAGAGGACGAGUUACAAGUCCUUGUCGAUGAGAAACAGAUGGCCCAAGAAAAUGUGAAGCAGCUCCACAAAUGUAAAGCUGAAUUAGCUGAGAAAAAGAAGGAACUGGAAAACCUCAAAGAGGAGAACUUGCAGAAAGAUAGAGAGCUCCUCCGACUGGAAAAUGAGUGCACCCUCAAGCAAAUGGAAGUUAUCCGUUUGCAGAAAGCAUCUCAAACUGUUUUUGUGGCAGAAAAAAAACCCCCCGACGGCAAAUGGAAAGCUGAACGAAAUGAUAAGAAGGAAAGUUCAACUUGA